UUUUUACAUUGUGGUAAAUUACUUUUUUCUGUCUUUUAAAAUCUUUUAAAUAGUAAAUUAAUUGUAUAUCGCCUACUUUCUUUAAAUGCUGCACCAUCCCAUAGUUUGAUAUUAUUUUUGAACUUUUCCUUUAUUAACUUUAUCAUGUUUUAUCUGCCAUUGAUAUAGGUUUGUGUUCUGUGCUCUAUUUAAAAUGCAUGCAAAAUAAUACUAAUUAUGAAAAGUACUUUUUCCUGAUCCAGUUGAUGUUUACAACUGGAUUUAAAACUAAUUUACCAACAGAUUCUACCCUUAUGUUAAUCUAGCUAUUUGAUUUCAAUCACAAAACAUUUGCAUAACAGAACCAAUAGUAAUGUUGGCUAACUGUGGUUUAUCCGAUGGCCCAAUCACUGCUCCGAUAGCAGAACGUAUAUCUCUCUAUUCCAGGUUCCUAAUUCACACUUCAUGUUUGGCAUUUGGAAGAGCACAACUUUAGAAGACUUCAACGAGAUUGUUUCCUACAUUGGAGAGUUAUCUUUCUAUUAUAGUUUAAAGAUUUAUCUACCUACAAGAUCCCAAGAUCCUAAGCGCACUGAGCCAUUUCUCAUCUCACUUUUUUUCUUUCCGAAGUAAAAGGAAAAUGAGACCCAAAAGAGUUUCUCCUGAAAAGGAAGCCUUGUACUUCAUUGCUUCGGGGAAAGAUAAAGACACAUUCGAGAAAAAAUUAAUGUGUGAAGAGAAAGGUUUUGGAGUAAUCGCCACAAAACAUAUUGAGCCAGGAGAAUUCCUACUGGAGUAUGUUGGAAGACACAUGGCUGGAUCUGAAGGAGAGACCCUGCUCAAAGACUACUCAGCUGAAGAUGCAGUUUUUUUAUAUUUCUACUCCUUUCAGGGACAAUCUUACUGUGUUGAUGGCAGUAAAGCUACAGAAAAUCUCGGACGAUACAUAAAUGAUGACCACAUCAAGCCAAACAGCAAAAUUAAAAUAAUAAUGGAUGAAAAGAAAAUGCCACAUUUGUGUGUAUUUGCGUUAACAAAAAUCAAGCCAAUCAUACCAAAGAAAAAAUCAUACCAAAGCCUAUGGACUAGUAUGCAGGAGUGAUCCAGCUCUCAGAUUUCAUAAAAAAUAUCUUAAUUUGUGUUCGGAAGA